AUGCCUACAAUUGCAGUACAGACCUCUGACCCACAACAAGUCAAUGAUCAACAUCCCAGAAAUACCAUUGGACGUUCUAGACGCGAUCGUCAUGUACGUUCCGACAGCCGUGAUGCUUGUUGUGUCUGUUAUGAACGUCCUGAAUUUCCACUUGUACCGCCCCUCAAUUUUGCCAUGGUUGCUCCAGGUGUCUAUCGCUCAGGGCAUCCCAACAAACAAAACUUUUCAUUCCUACGAAAGUUGGGUCUAAAGACCAUAAUGUACUUUGCAGUUGAAGAUUAUCCACCAGAAAUGAAACACUUUGUAGAACACGAAGGAAUCGAAGUCUUGCAGUUUAGAAUGGAAGGCAACAAAGAACCAUUUGUAGAAGUCAAUCCAGACGAUAUGUCACAAGCUCUUGCAAAACUACUGGAUGAAAGAAGCCACCCAGUCUUGAUACAUUGUCUCAAAGGAAAACAUCGAAUUGGUUGUCUGGUUGGUUGUCUUCGAAAAAUCCAACGAUGGUCAAUGACAUCUAUUUUUGAUGAAUAUCGUAAAUUUGCUGGAAGUAGAAUACUUGCAGACCAAGAGUUUAUAGAGACAUUUGACCAUGAGGGAGUUCCGUACGAUCCAAAUUAUCAGCCUGUCUGGCUCUGA